ACCGCACCCAAACUAAGGCGUGUUCUACGCGUCUAUCUCAUCCUGUCUCUCCCUCUCGGGAAGGCACGAUGAAGAUAGCCGUUGAAGGAUGCUGCCAUGGCGAGCUCGACGCGAUCUAUAGACAAAUCGCCGUACUGGAGGAGCAAAACAACUACAAGGUAGACCUUCUAUUGAUCUGCGGUGACUUUCAAGCUAUACGGAACCACCAAGACCUGCAAUGCAUGGCCGUCCCGGAUAAGUACAGGCAGCUUGGCGGGUUUUACAAGUAUUAUACUGGAGAAACUGAGGCGCCAGUUCUAACGAUCGUCAUCGGCGGUAACCACGAAGCAUCCAACUAUCUAUGGGAACUGUAUCAUGGAGGAUGGCUAGCUCCGAAUAUCUACUAUCUCGGAACGGCGGGGUGCGUCCAGGUCAAUGGAUUACGCAUAGCAGGCGCCUCCGGCAUCUUCAAGGACCACGACUUCACCAAAGGCUUUUAUGAGCGCGUGCCGUUCCGUGGCCCUGAACAGCGAAGUAUCUAUCACAUCCGCGAGUUCAACGUGAGGAAGUUAUCCCUGCUUUCGUCUCCGGAUAUCUUCCUCUCGCAUGAUUGGCCUGCCGGGAUCGAGCAUCAUGGUGACCUCGGGAACUUGCUCAGGAGGAAGCGAUUCUUCAAGACGGACAUCGAUAAGGGUGCACUGGGCUCGCCGCCCAUGAUGGGACUUCUGCGAACUCUGAAGCCUGCAUGGUGGUUCUCUGCGCAUUUGCACGUUAAGUUCGAGGCAAUUGUGCGGCAUGGGCCUGCUGGCCCAUCGACGUCGAACAAUGUGCCUGCGAGUACCGCCCCACUGAAGGCUGGAGAGAACCCUGACGAGAUCAACAUCGAUGACGAUGACGACGAAGUGCAGCCCGCCAAUCCAUCAAUUCAAGAUUUGCCAGCCGAGUCAGCCCCAGCAAACCCCGACGAAAUCGUGCUCUCUGAAGAAGAGGAAGUCGCGCCGGCUGUGAAACCGGCGCAGCCCUCGGGAAGGGGGGAAACGAAGUUCCUGGCGCUCGACAAGUGUUUGCCGGCAAGGAAUGGAAUGCCUACUCGACAAUACCUUGAGGUUGUGGAUAUUCCUGCCCCAUCAUCCUCCGCGCCUCCAAAAAUAACUUUUGACCCCGAAUGGUUGGCCAUCACACGCGCCUUCCAUCCUUACAUGUCAAUGAGCCGGCAACAAAGUACAUAUCCCGACGAAGCGAAGGUGCGGGAGAUACUUGCGACAGAGCAGACUUGGGUUGCGCAGCACGUCCCGGGCGCAUCACAGGGCAAGGAACUCAGCGACUGUCAAGUGUUCUGCCAGACGGCGACUGGGGGAUCGGACGGUCCCAAGCAUGGACAACCGUCCUUCAUCUCGAACCCUCAGACGGCAGCAUUCUGCGCAAUGCUGCAGAUCGAAAAUAAAAUACGUGCAUGAAGCUUGGCAUCGCCUUGCUCUUCUUGUCCUGUACCUAUCCAGUGUAUUAGUGUACUCACCC